AUGAACAACCAGGUGUCAUUGUCUCAACUAUUACGUAGGAUUCAUUUCAUGCAAUUUGUCAUUGUUUAUGGAAAGCUACGAACACAGUUCCCACGUAGCAGAUACCAUGGCGAACAUCCUUCGUGCAUGAAGCAAGAAAUUCAUUUCGUCCCCUAUUCUGUCAGUGUCCAAGUCCGUGGCACAGAUAGAGAGCAUCCGUUGCAACUCCCAACAGCGUACCCAACACACCAACCAAAACCUCAACCUUCAAGGGCGAUUGCCCAGCUGUUAUUCGAUCAAAUUGACUUGCUCGCGAGCAAGGAGUCUUCCCCCUUGAUGGUCGAGGGUCUAGUCGGUGUGUUGGGUAUGCUACUAGGAGUUACAAUAGAUGCUCUUGGUCCGUGCCAUGGACUUGGACACUGA